CAAAUGAUAAAGUAGAAAGGGCUUCACUCUUGAUUACUUCUUGAUUAGUGUGUCCAGGCUUUGCAUUCCAAACAGUCUUACCAGAGCUUCUUUGGGAGACAUGUCCUGAAAGCUGAAUGAACCACUGAAGAUUGAGCUGCCUGGAGUAGAUCCUCAGUAGUGUCCACAGCAAACAGAAGCUUCUAAAUAGCAUUAAAAUGGCAGUUUGGCAAGGUUCAGAAGCAAUCUUUUGACUGCUGAAAAUAAUAAUAAAGAUGGAAGAAAAUAGAAGAAAAAAUAGCAGUGGAGAGGAAGAAAGUCACUGGACUUGGGAGCCUUUAGGAUUAUUAUGGAUUCAUCACAACAAUUCCAUUACCUUUCUUGUGUAGUCUACAGCAUCUACAUACAUCUUCUGCCAUGAAGAUAUUUAAAUUACCAAUUCUAAAAUCCUUGUGGACUCAGAAACCUCUGUAUAGGACUUUCCAUGGACACUCCAAGCUGCUUGCCUCUGAUGUGUAUUCACAGUAUCAGGCUGUCAGACGGGGUGAACAAGAAAUACCAAAGUACUUUAACUUUGCAAGUGAUGUACUGGACAAAUGGACUGAAAUUGAAAAGGCUGGAAAAAGACCAUCAAACUCUGCUUUUUGGUGGAUAAGUGGAAAAGGAGAAGAAGUGAAGUGGAGCUUUGAGGAGCUGGGCUUCCUGUCACGGAAAGUGGCUAAUGUGUUGACUAAAGUAUGUGGACUGCAAAAGGGGGACAGAAUUAUUGUGGUCCUGCCACGAAUCCCAGAAUGGUGGCUGGUGAAUGUGGCUUGUAUGCGAGCAGGAAUUGUCUUAAUUCCAGGAACGACCCAAUUAUCAGCCAAAGACAUAUUAUAUCGACUCCAGGCUUCAAAGGCCAAGUGCAUCAUUACUGAUGACACAGUGGCUCCUGCAGUAGACUCAGUGGCAUCUGAGAGCCAGUUUCUGAAAAACAAGCUGAUCGUGUCCAAAGGCAGUAGGGAGGGAUGGCUAAACUUCAGUGAACUGUACAAAAACCAAUCUGCUGACCAUUCCUGUGCCAAAACAAGGAUUGAAGAUUCAGUGAAUAUCUUCUUUACCAGUGGAACCACAGGUUCUCCAAAGAUGACUGAACAUUCCCAGGGUAGUCUUGGUUUCAGACCCCUGUUAAGUGAAAGGUACUGGUUGGAUUUGACUCCAUCAGAUGUAAUAUGGAACAUAGCAGACACAGGCUGGAUAUUAACUUCACUGACGUCUGUUUUUGAUGCCUGGGUUUUUGGAUCAUGCAUCUUUGUGCAUCAGCUCCCACAGAUUGAAUCAGCAACCAUCCUAAAUACUCUCUGCAGAUUCCCUAUUGACACUCUGGUUGGUGUUCCAACAUUGUAUCGCAUGCUGGUGCAAAACGAUCUCUCCAGUUACAAAUUCAUGAACCUGAAGCACUGCAUGAGUGGAGGAGAACCGCUAAACCCAGAAGUUAUGGAAAAAUGGAAAAGCCAGACAGGGCUGGACAUCCAUGAAGUGUAUGGCCAGACUGAAACGGGAAUAAUCUGCUCUGUUUUUAAAGGGAUGAAGAUUAAACCUGGAUCAAUGGGAAAGGCGGCUCCCCUUUUUGAUGUUCAGGUUGUAGACAAAAAUGCAAAUAUUCUGCCUCCAGGACAACAGGGGGAAAUCGCUGUCAGAAGCAAACCUAUAAGGCCACUUGGUUUGUUCUCUGAAUAUAUAGAUAAUCCUAAGAAAACUGCUGAAAGCGAGCGUGGGGAUUUUUACGUCACAGGGGACAGAGGGACUAUGGAUGAAGAUGGAUAUUUUUGGUUUAUUGGAAGAGACGACGACAUCAUCAUUUCUUCAGGAUACCGCAUUGGGCCUUUCGAGGUAGAGAGUGCGCUGAUGGAACACCCAGCAGUAGCAGAAGCAGCUGUUGUCAGCAGUCCAGAUCCCCUCAGAGGAGAGGUUGUGAAAGCAUUUGUGGUCCUGUCUGCCGCCUUUUCAUCCAGCGACCGGGAGCACUUAGCUUGUGAAUUGCAGGAGCAUGUCAAGAAAACUACUGCUCCAUAUAAAUAUCCCAGAAAGGUGGAAUUUGUCCAACAGAUGCCAAAGACAAUCACUGGGAAGAUUAAGAGGCAUGAAUUAAGGAAUAAAGAGUGGGGACGGAUGUAACAUUGUUUGGAACUUAACAGAACUUUUUCAUUCCACUGUUGCUAUAUUUCUCCGUUACAACUGGCCUGGUUUGUUUUUGUCAAAUGCCUGAGCAUCAAAACAUGUAGAUAAUCCCAAAGUAUGAUGUUUGCACCUGCUUGCAAAACUUCUAAUGUCAGUGCCACUGGUUCAGUUCCUGAAGCACUGCUGGGAGAACAAACAAAUCAUACAAUUCCAUUCUAGUCCUUAAUAUCCAAAAGCUCAAAAGAACUUAGCUGGUGACCCUUCUCUUUUAGGGAGCAUCCAAAAUCAGUGAAGAGAUAUUGCUGAUACAGAUUGUAUAGUUCCAACUUGCAGAAAAAGACAGACAUGACUUUGAGUUGUUCAAAUGCUCUGUCCUUAAAUGCCACAUGCUCUAAAGUGAAUGCAGUCCUCCUAACGUUUAAUGAUGGAAAAACUCCCCUAUUGAUUCUCAGCGUCUUAUAUGCUUCUUCCACAAAUACUGUCUAAUAUGGACAGUAGCUUCAUUGCUCACCCUCUAUUCUGAUCUUCACAUAUAAUAGACAAAAACUCCCAUACCACUUGUGGUCUUUAAAGUUUGCUGUUAGGCAAGUGACGCACUUUGUAGAACAAAUCCUGGCUCUUAGCCAUAUUAGCCACUUGCUGCAGGACCAGGCUCUCUCUGCAACGUAGGUAGAGGUGAAUCCAGUGAACAAACUCCUGUGAUCUGGUUUGGAUGAUCACGUCAGUUUAAUAUUUAGAUCUUCGCUUUAUGAAGAAACAUGUAUGGCAGUGUACAUACUGUUCCUUCAGUUGCACAUGCAAUAGUGGGCCAAGUUUUAAGGCUGUAUUAGUUCUUAACUGUUCAUCUUCAGGCUUGUUGUACUCAAAGACUUCAUUUUCUAGCACGAAUUUUCAUUAAAUCAUGAAAAUACCUUCA